AUGAAAUGUAUUAGCAGUUUGGACAACUAUGGACGUGUUGGAUCUGCCGAGCCCCAAGACUCCAUCUUCAAGUCCAAAAGUGCCCUGAGCAGAAUGGGUACAGCCGAACUUGAAAGCAGCGAAUGCAAUGUUUGGUGCAAUUGUAAGCGUGUCCUUGCUGAAGUCGCCACUGAUAUUGUUGGAAACGUAGUCUUUGAGAUGGUAGACGCAGUUGCCGGUUUUGGAGCAGGUGGGGCCAGAAGUGGUGUAGAAAUCCACGAUAGAGCAUUGAGUGGAGCUGCAGGGGAUGGGGGAGUAGGAAGUGGAUUUGGAGGGGUCGAAUAA